GCACAGUGUGCAGGACUGUGUGUGUUUGUGAGGGUAAAAAAGAGAGAGGACGGUGGGGGGCAAUAAGGAUGCAAGCGUGAGGCAAGUGUGAGGCAGUGUGAGGGCAACCUAGAAAGAACGACGGGGGUUGGGAAUCGCAAAGGGGAGAGGGCUCAGGAAGAGCAGGGGGAAAAAUCCCCCGUGUAAUUGGAAUAGCCUGGUGCUAAAGUGUAGAGAUGCAAUGACCGGAUGAUCUGCUACGACGUGCACCGGCAUCCUGACCUGCAGCCUUGACAGGAGGUGACAAGACAAAUUGAUACCCGCCACAACAUCACGGCAAGAUGUCAUCUUCAGGGUCAACCAAACCCAACAAACGUCUGGCGUCGGAGACAGACAACUCCCAGAGAGUGUUGGACAACGAUUCUACGCAGCAUCUGAAGCUGAGGGAGAGACAACGCUUUUUUGAGGAGGUCUACCAGCAAGAUGUGGAUAACUACCUGCCCUCAGCUCACCUGCAGAUUGACAGCAGAAAACCCCCCAUGGGAAGUAUCUCAUCUAUGGAGGUGAACGUAGAUGCGCUGGAGCAAAUGGACCUGAUGGACAUCUCCGACCAGGAGGCCCUGGAUGUCUUCCUCAACUCCGGAUCAGCAGGAGAUGAGGGAGACAUAUCAUCCCCUUUACCAGAUGGGGACGACGAAGACGAAGACGAGGCAGACGAAGAGGCCGAGGUUGUCUACAGGGUGUGUCCACCGUUGCAACGGCAAAGCGAAGUCCAGAACGGAUCCAAGUCUCGCAUGUCAUCGACAUCGUCGGGCUCCAGUGAUACUAGCGGGGGCGGAGCAGACACGCCUGUAAUCCAGUCAGACGACGAGGAAAUCCACGCUGAUACCCAACUGCUGACCUCUGUUCCCCAUAAUGGAGAUGAAGAAACAGAGGAUGAGGAAGAGGAGCAAAGAUGCCUUCCGACUAAACCUUCACAAAGACUGAAUUAGUCACAAGCGUUUUCCUCUUACUGUCGCAUUACAUUUGCUGAGAAACCCGAGCAUGAUUCACCUGCUGUGAUUUGUCCUUUGAAUAUUUGUCUCUAUUUAUGCAAAAUUCUUUAUACCUUCACAUAUACAUUUUUUUUCUCUCUUUGUUAAUGGAGGGGGAAAACUGUCAGUUGAAGUUUGUGGUCUUUAUUUCUUGACAUUUAACACAAAUUAUACAGUAGGAGUUCGUCACAGCCCACACAUUUAAAUGUUGUGGCUGCUUGCUGCCUCAGGAGAACGGCCCUCCUGCUCACUUUGACUUCAAACGAGGUACCAGAUAGUCAAACAAGAAAGCUGGAUGAAAGUGCAUCUUCACUUUGCAGAGAAACAAACAUUUUUAAAAAGGCAUAAAAACCCAUCUGUGGGCUGUCCUUUAGGGAUGCAGACAUGCCUAAUAGAAAGUCAUAAUAGAUUUAAAUCUGAGGACAAAUAUUCUGCAGGGUGCACUGGCUGAAACAGCUCCACUGUGGUCAAAGUUGACAACUUCAUUCUCACGCCUUAGUCGUAGCAGCUUUUAUGUGGCAAAUCAAACAACCACAGCAACUGCAAAUCUCCAACUUUGAAAGGUAUGUUUCCUUCACACACGGAGUGAUUUAAAUUUUGUUUCGCCGACUUUGCUAUUGCAUCGCUUCUAAAUUGCUGCAAAGAGCAGUUAUUUUUUUCUAAAAUCCCUAAAAGGUUUGCAUGAAUUUCUGAUUGCCACUGUAAAUAUACAGGUAGACUUGUACACAAAAUUAUUUUUUCAAUAAAACUUCGUGAAACUCAACAUUGAAAUCGUUGACAAAACUAUGCGGCAGCUCUUUCAGGUACACUUGGCCAUCGUUAAUGGAGGACAUAAGGGUUCUGCAAUGUACACAAUUGGAGAAAUCGCAGCAAAAGACUCUGUUAAUCAUUACAGCAGUUGUACUGUGAGAAAUGACAGAAAUCAUAAUGUAAAUUUGAGAAGGUGUGUUGGAUGCUUGGCAGGCACUGACUUUUUUUUUCCUCCCUUAGAUUUUAAACUUUUAGUGACACACCACAUUACGGCAGGCAACGCAUUUGAAUUGAAAAGACCAGAUUUUCCUUUGGUAUAUCCAUCAUUUUGCUUUCUGCAAAGCAACCUUCAUUCAUUGUGGCUAUUAUCUGGUUUGAAAUUGAAAUCCAGCGCAAUGUGUGCGAUGCUGUUGUAACAUCAGAAAAAAAAGAAUUAAUCAGCUGAUCAUAUCUAAUAUUUAAUAUCUGCAUGGUUUUACAUCUCUGCCACAAAUUUGAAACCUGCCCCCUGCUGUGUCCACCAACUUCACAACAAUAUUGUAUUUAACUGUGAGGUGCAAAUGUUGUGCAUCUGUUUAUUGUAUUAAAAUCCCCUUAAACAAUCUUCUGAAACUAAGCAAGUACCCAUGAACACGUUUUAUUGAGUGGUAAAACCUGUUUUUUUCUGUGUGCGCGAGCAAUCUAUUUACACUAUGACACAUGUGCUUAAGUUGUGAAUGCAUGCCUUGUAUGACGAUAUGUCUUUUUGUUGCGCAACAUCAUGUUGUUGCAAGAUUUGACUCAACCAUCACCCGUUAUUAAUGGCUAAGUACUGAGCCGGACAUGUUGUCCCUCUCCCCUUUGUGAAAUUACUUUUAAAAAAAACAAUAGCAAAGUGUGUAUACGUUUGAGUGGGUGUGGGAGAAUUAUGGAACUGGAGAGGUUGACAAACUGCAAGGCUGACUGUGCUUCUUGUCCAUACAUUGCCAUCCAUCAGAAUAAUGGAGAAAAUGUGAGCCAUUUCUUGACUGCGCCGGUAAUAUCUGGUACAUCUUGUGCAUUUACUGAAGGGAGACUCGAUGCCACGCUACAGCAAGUAUGUGGUUGUGGAUUUGAAGAUACAAUUUGUACGAUACGAUGGGUAUUCAUCUCAGCAAUUUUAUGUGGAUGCUGUUUCCUAUUCGAACAUUUUGUUCUCGUAUGAAUAAAAAUGACUGAAAUUUAAAA